AUGCCCGAUACUUCCGCUGCGAGAGUCAGAGAAGACCACCUAAUGGAGCUACCACAGAAACGCUGCCAGCUUUCGUUAGAUCACAAACGCAUCCCCAUUGUUGGCCACAAGGGUUCCGGAGCGACCCAUCCCUGUGGAAAUGGGUCCUGGCAAGCACCCCCGCGUCUUGGACUGGUGGUAAUCGGCGCUCCUGCUCGAAUUCGAGCCGAUGGAAUGGCUGGACGACCCUGUGAAUCAGAGGCGGAGCGAGUUCAACGAGCAACUGCACUACGACACCAACAGCGCAUCCAGGGACUUCAAGUUAGAGCGCGACGUGCGACAUUGAAGACGACGAUGAAGACGAAGGAGACACACAAGGAGAAGAAGGCGAGGCUGAGGAAUGCUACGGCUUCAAUGUACGCGUUCUGCGGUGGUGGAAACCUUUCGAGGAUCGGUGGACCAAUGGGCGCCGGGAUAACACGCCGGAACCGGAGGGCGCUGGGACUAUUUGAUCCUGAAGAUCAAGAGUACAUAGUUCGUGUGCGUUGUGGCAGCCUGGAUGACAUUCUGGACGCGCUGAUAUUUGCUCGGCAAAAUGGGAUCAAGGCAAUCGUUACGCCAAAAGAUCGGACUAAUGUACAGGAAGCUACAGACAACGACUUACUUGUAUCCGUGUUUGACAUGGACGUUGUCCAAUUUGGAUCUGCCAGCUACUCCGACGCGGCUUAUAACAAGCUUAAAAGCCAAGAAGACAUUCUGUUCUAUGGAUCUCCAGAAUAUGAUGAUCUGUUUUCGUUCUCAUGGUAUAACCUUUUCAGCGAGGGAGGUGGUCACGAUUAUAUGGAGGAUGGGGUGAUGCGAUCGAGAGCCAACAUAUACAACAAAGAUCCAGAUGUUAAGAUCACUCCUGGUAAGCACCAAGAAGUGAUCGCUUGGGAUUCCGAUUUGUGUAAGCGCCACCCAAUAAUCCCGCUAUCUGAAGUGCUCAAGAAAAUCACCGAUCUAGACGGGAAGGGAGAGGCCACAUCAAGAUUCGCGGUAAGUGCCUCUGAAAAUCAAUCUCACGCCACUCUGCUGCCCCGUCAUGAACGGCUGGAGUACGAGCAGAUGUGGCGUUAUAUUAAAAAGGUCAAGAAAGAAGUCCACCUGCAGAACUUAACGCUGAAGAAGCUCCGAAAGGACGAAGUCAAUUUGCACGGCCUGCGGGACGAACAAGAGCUGAUUGAACGCAUCCGGUGCCACGAAGAGCGCCUGGAGUCGCUCGAGAACGAGCAACAUGGGGGCGGUGCUGAAGCAGUCGCCGCCCCGGUCGAAGUUGGCGCUAAUGCAGUCAUCGCCCCAAUCGAAGUUACCUGUGACGAUGUUGUCGUCUCGCUCGGUUUUGAUUUUGGUGGCGGUGGCACGUUGCACAACACCCGAGUGCAAUGCGCGACCGAGAACGGCACGAUCACGGUCAUAGCGAGAGAAUUCUGCUGGAAACACAGUGGCAGUACAAUGCGCAAGCAUUUGGGGUGCACUACCAUGAAUCUAGUGCGUCUGUGUGUGUGGCGAGGAUCACAAUUGUCUUAA